AUGGCGGCUCCGAAUAUCGCCGCCGGCAACCACAGUGAUGGGAUUCAAAGCUUGAACACGGGCGGUGGGCCUCAACACAAUAACAACGACAAAGGCCUACAGAUCAACAAUAGCAUUUUCCAUGGGUUUGGUAUAAACGACUUGAAUACCGAUGAAGCGACAACACUCCAGAAGGAAAAGGAAGACUGCCUACGUUCUCUUAGUUUCGAAUACAUGGACGCUCGUCAAGAAGAUAUAUCUCUUGCCCAUCCCCGAACGUGCGACUGGUUCUUCGCAACUAGCCAGUUCCAACAAUGGUAUCAUCGCGACAAUCUUCAGAACCACAAUGGAGUGCUCUGGAUCAAGGGACAUCCUGGAACAGGAAAGUCAACUCUCAUGAAACAUACUUUACGGCAUUUGGAACGGGAACUCUCCGAAACUCAUAUUAUUGCCGCUCAUUUCUUCAACGCUCGAGGCGAUUCCUCUGAACGAACGGCUCUCAGCAUGCUGCGUUCCAUAUUGUAUCAAUUACUAGAAAAAGAACCAUCCAUUUACGAGCAAUUUGUGCCUCUAUUUCGCAACAAGAAUCGAAAGUUUAAAACACAUUGGAACUGGCGAGAAUCAGACCUUAAGAAUUUCUUAUUUUUCGCGAUACAACAUUGCCGGUCAAAGUCACUGAUUGUUCUCGUCGAUGCUUUAGACGAAUGCGAAGAGAAACACGUCCGAGACGUCGUCAAAUUUCUCGAAGAGCUCAGUAUUGAAGCUACUGCUGUUGGAGUGGCUCUCAACAUUUGCUUAUCAAGUCGCCAUUAUCCGUAUAUAACCAUGCAAACGCACCUAGAACUUGUCGUGGAAGAGAUAAGCGAGCAUAAUGAAGACAUCAUUAUUUAUACCCGCGACAAUUUAACGAUACGAGAUAAGAAGAUUGAGAAAGAUUUUCUUGAAAAGGCGUCUGGCGUUUUCAUGUGGGCUGUGCUUGUUAUAAAACUACUAAAUAAAGCGUACGACGAGGGUCAAAUCGAGGCCAUGCAUGAGACGUUACAUAAAGUACCCGGUGACCUCGAGCAGGUGUUUGAGCAACUCUUGAUAAAGAACAAUCCGCACAAACAGGAGACAGCAUUUAUGCUUCAGUUUGUGUUGUUGGCGAGACGAUUGAUAACGCCAGAAGAGCUAUAUUUUGCCACGAUCGCCAAAACAACCGAGAACAUCCAAGCCUGGGACCAAUCAAAGAUAAGACCAGAUGAUAUUCGACGGCGCAUCACCAAUUCAUCGAGGGGUCUUAUCGAGGUACGGAAAGGUGAUGAUAACGCUGUGCAGUUCAUUCACAAGUCAGUCAAUGAUUUUCUCAUUCGAAAUAAAAGACUACAAAAACUAGAUCCAGAUCUCGAGGUAAACGGUAUAGGCAGUGGCCAUGAAUGUCUCAGAUCAUGCUGCAUGAGAUAUAUCAUGAUGAUACCGUUACAAUCAGCGAUAAAUCGGAAGCAAAUAAAGACUCUUGCAUCUUCUUAUCCAUUUUUGCAAUAUGCGUCCGGUUAUCUUCUAGAGCAUGCAGAAGAAGCGAAUAAACAGCAGAUCGAACAAGCUGAAUUUUUACAAUGCCUGAUAGAAGAACCUAGUCCUUUGGAGAAAAUAAGGCUUCUUCACAAUGCUUUUGAAAGGUUCCCUGGAUCUGGAUGUAUAAGAGGAGUAAGUCUGCUGUACAUGUUGGCAUUCCAUGGGUACACUAGACUUACAAAAGCUCUCCUCGACACAAAGGCGGACGCUAACGCUCAGGGGGGGAUCUACGGAACUGCGCUUCAAGCAGCUAUAGCCAAGGACAGAUACGACAUAGCGAGAUUGCUACUUGACAAAGGUGCAGAUUUCAAUGCUCAGGGCGGCUUCUACGGAAAUGCGCUUCAAGCAGCUAUAGCCAAGAAAGGAUACGACAUGGCGAGAUUGCUACUUGACAAAGGUGCAGAUUUCAAUGCUCAGGGCGGAGUUCACGGCAAUGCGCUUCAUACAGCUGCUGCAAGGGGCUCUAAAGAAAUUUUAAAACUGCUGCUCCAAAAAGGAGUAGAUGUUAAUACCCAAGGAGUACCAUACGGUUUUGCACUUCACGCAGCUGCAGAAUUCAAUAAAAGAGAAGCAGCGAAAUUUCUACUUGAGAAAGGAGCAAACGUCAAUGCCCAAGGAGGGUAUUAUGGUUAUGCACUCCAAGCAGCUGCAAGAUACAACAAUAAAGAAUUGGCGGAAUUGCUGCUUGAGAAAGGAGCAAAUGUCAACGCCCAAGGAGGAUUCUAUGGCUAUGCGCUCCAUGCUGCGGCAGCAGAAGCAAGUAUAACAAUCGUGGAGUUGCUGCUUGAAGAAGGAGCAGACGUUAAUGCGCGAGGAGGGCCCUAUGGCCAUGCUCUCUGCGCAGCUGUAAUCGAAGGCAAUACAGACAUUGUACAAAUAUUGCUCGAGAAUGGAGCAGAUGUCAGCUCUCCAACAGAGAUCUACGAGCUAUUCUAA